CGACUCUUCCAGCGUAAGUGUUUUUGCCAUCCCGACAUCACGUCCUACCUACUUUGAGACCUUUACACACGCAACACAGGAGAAGACAACUAGUUUGUGCGCCAUUUCUGCUCAGCUGAGGUUUAAUAGUUUUAUCUGGGGAUUAAAGCUUGCACCUGUUGAAGCUGUUAUGGUGUGUUAAUGGGAGUAUUAAGAAGAGAAACCCUGAACUCUGCGGAGCCGGAGACAAGCUAGCUAAACAUCGAGAGCAGCCACAAACGGCGAGGGGGCAGGGCAGGUUCACAGAUCAGCACAUCUUCGAACUACCUGCCUCACAUCAGCUCUUCCAGUGGUUCUUCAUGCACACCCUCUUCCUCCGACCAGUGAGCUGGGGUGUCUGCCAGCCAUGUAUUCAUUUUCAGGCCCCACCAGCCUACCUGAAUUUGACCUCGGACCUCCGAGUACCCCCGACAGCCUUCAGAGAGAAAUAAACUCAGACACCUGGGAAACGAGGCGCCAUCGAAAGCACAGGAGACUAAAUGAUGAGGGUUGCAAUCCCAAAAAGCGGAGGCUAAUGCCUGAGACGGAAGUGGACAUGAAGUGUCGUGCUCUGUCUGCAAAGCAAGUUGUCCUUGCUCCACCACAGCCAUGCUCAGCAACUCAGACCCUCACUUUGCCACAGCCCUCCUCUGUCCUGUCCCGACCUGAAAUGGAGAGCUGCAUGGAGAUAGAAGCAGCUCACAGAAAACUGCAGGAAAUUGAAGACAGAAUAACCCUUGAAGAUGACGAUGAGGAUCUUGAUGUAGAGCCGGCUCCGCGCCGGCCGGUGCUGGUUAUGUCUGACAGCUUGAAGGAGGGUCUGCAGCGCGGCAUCAGUGACAUUCUCCCACAAACUGUGGCCCAGUCUGUGAGUCCGUCAGGCAUGGAGCUGGUCUUGUGGCGUCCUCCAGAAGAUCCUUUCUGCCAGAGGCUGAAAGACUCGUUACAGAAACAGCGUAAACAACAGACAGCAUGCCGGCAAAUCCCAACUCCGUGUUCAUCUCCCACCCCUCCUCUCAGCUCCUCUAGUCCACCUGCAGAGACAUGCGCUCCUAUGUACACUUUCCCUGUGCUCCAGAACUCAGGGGAGGAGGACAUGGAAAUUUAACCUCUAACCCAAAGUGAAAAACUGGACAAGCGUCUCAGAAAAAGAUGGCCAGUUGUGUUGUGAUCUCUUGUUGAUCCUGAGCUUGUUUGAGCAGCUUAUGCAUCAUUUAAUUUGCCACACAUUCAGUUUGUCUUCUGUUUACAGAUAUGUGAGGAUUAACCUUAACUUUACAGUGUUGUUGAUGUAAAUCUUCAAGGCCAGUUGCCUUACUAACGUUCACUCUUGAAUUGGAGGUGUUUUGUAGAUACCUCUGACCAGCAGCACACAAUUGGAAAUAGGACUUAUGUUUUUGUUGAACGUAGCUGUGCAGCACCUAGAUUUUCCCUGCAAACUACAGAACUCUAAAACCUUGACUUCCUGUUUUAUUAUUAUAUUGUAAUGGAGGAGUAAUCCUCCUCUGUUGCAGUUAUGAUAUGUGAACUUUGACCUUUUAAAAAAACUCAAUUGUUUUGUGAUAUGAGUAAUCCAUCUCUGGUUCAGAUAUUUGCAACAUGUUACCUUUGAUUACUUUGUAAUGGAUUCUGCAAAGGCAUUUUUACUAUUUGCUUAAAUUUUGCAUAUGUACAUUGCUAUGAAGUGUUGCUACAUUUUUGUUAGUAAAAACACGGUUCAUGACCAACAAA